GCUUGAAGAUGGCGCCGGGAGCGCGGUGCUUGUGGGUGCUGUGCGGCCUCUGCGGCCUGGAGCUCGGGCAGGCGGCCUCACGGGGGGCCCAGGUCCGCGGGGCCAGGCUGGAGAGCGGCGCCGGCCACGUCUACAUGGACGGCGGGGUGAUUAAAGCGAGUCCCAGGUCCCGCUUCGACCUGAGGGUCUUCGGCUCGGAGCUGGAGCGGGCCGUGUGGCCUUGGCUGGGCUUCAGCCGCGGCGUGAGCUGCGACAACCGCAGCCUGGAGAGCGGGUGGCUGCGGCUGGUGGCGGAGGAGAAGCCGGUGGCGGAGGAGAAGCAGCGGCCGAACAACUCGGUGCUGGUGAGGGUCCAGGCCGGUGCCGCCGGCGUGUAUUACCUGUGCGCCCUGGGCUCCGGGGGGCUGUGGACGGCGCUGGGGGACUGGCAGACCCAGCUGGACAUCCAGCCCCAGCCCGCCGCCGCCAGUAUUCUGGCCGUGUGGGGCCAGAUCCUGCUGCUGGCCGUCCUGCUCUUGUCCUCGGCCCUUUUUAACCUGCUCCACCUCAGUGUCCUGUGGCUGGACCCUCUGGAGUUGCACAUCAUCCGCCAUUGUGGCUCUGAGAGGGAGAAGAAAAGUGCAAAGUCCCUGGAGCCCAUCAGGAAAAGGGGCAAUUUGGUUCUCUCCUCCCUGGUCCUGGGCAGCGUCUUGGCGAACUCAGCCCUGGGUGUCUUAUUCUACCUGGCAUUUGAUGCCAUCCUGCCUGCUAUAUUUGUCUGUGCAGCUCUAAUGUUUCUGAUUUGUGAGAUCCUUCCCUAUACCAUCUGCUCGCGAUAUGGUUUCGCCAUUGCCUCCAGGACUUCCUGGCUGACUUGCCUUUUCAUAAUCAUCACCUUCCCCGUUUCCUUGCCGGUGGCCCUGGUACUCGACUUAGCCUUGCGCCAGGAUAUCAGCACCUGCUACAUCCGAGAAAAAAUCCUGGAUAUGCUGAGGUCUAGUGACCCGUACAGGGAAUUUGUUAAGGAAGAGUUCAGUAGAGGGGCACUGAGGACUAAAGUGGUGGAGGACAUUAUGACCAACCUGAAGGAUUGUUUCAUGCUUAGCGCAGGAGCUGUGCUAGAUUUCAAUACCAUGUCUGAAAUCAUGCAGGGCGGCCAUACCCGAAUCCCAGUGUAUGAAGACGAGAAGUCCAACAUUGUAGACAUAGUCUAUGUGAAGGAUCUGGCAAUGGUGGACCCUGAAGACUGCACACCUUUGAAUACUAUCACCAAGUUCUACAACCACCCGUUGCAUUUUGUGUUUAAUGACACCAAGUUGGAUGCUGUCCUGGAAGAGUUUAAGAAAGGCAAGUCACACAUGGCUAUGGUCCAGAAGGUGAACAAUGAGGGUGACGGUGACCCUUUCUACGAGGUGAUGGGUUUGGUGACGCUGGGAGAUGUUAUCGAAGAAAUCAUCAAAUCAGAAAUCCUUGACGAAUCAGAUGAUGCAGAACUCAAAGUGAAAAAAAAACCUCCUACUGUCAGCUUUCCUAUUGAGCGCAAGAAAGAAGACUUUUCUUUUUUUAAGGUGCCUGAUAUCGACCUAAAGGUCAAGAUUUCACCUCAGCUUUUAUUAGCAACUCAGCGCUUCUUAUCCAGAGAGGUGGAACUGUUCAACCCCUCGAGGGUCUCUGAGAGCGCUCUUCUUCAUCUGCUCAAGCAGUCCAGUGUCAACCAGGAGGUGAAGUUUAAUGAAAAUGACAAACUGGCUCCCGAGCACUACCUGUACCAACGGAAUCAGCCUGUUGAUUACUUCAUUCUUGUGCUGCAGGGACGCGUGGAGGUGGAAAUUGGCAAGGAGGGUCUGAAGUUUGAAAAUGGAGCCUUCACUUACUAUGGUGUCUCUGCACUAACUGUCCCUUCGUCAGUUCACCAAUCACCAGCCACUAACAAUAAGUGGAGUCAACGAGACCCUUUCUCCAGAGACCUGUUGGAAAGUGGAGAGAAUGCAAGCCUAUCACUGUACUGCCCUGACUACACUGUAAGAGCACUUAAUGACCUACAGGUUCUAAAGGUUACCCGAUUGCAAUAUUUAAAUGCACUUAUGUCGUCAAAAAUACAGAACUCUUCACCUUCACCGGAGAACUUUGAACUGAAGGUGAUGCCCACUAGCCAGGCAAAGUUGCUUAAUAAGCAAAAUUCUUCCACAUGUGUAUACCAGUUUCCAUUGCCAGAUUGAUUCUGAAGACCAGGAAGUGAAAACAAGAUAGGAGAGAUGGAAUGGUUGUUCACAUUCUCGAUGGGCGGUCUACCUGAUGGAGGCUUCUGCUUGCUUUUACUCAAGUUUACGCAUUUUGGCUUUGAGUGCAUGUCAUAGACGUGUGGCAUUCAACCUGGUAGUGCACCUGGAGGCUCUCCGAUGACAAAAACAAAAAUUAACUUUAAUGCACUUUUUUUCCUCUUCAAUAUCAUCAUCAGGCACUAGCAGAAGUAAAUCGCAAACUAGCGAGGAAGACAGCCCAGAGAGGAAUGCUGGCGUCUAGUGAAGGAAAGCAACGGAGGGUGCUUGAGUUCUCUCUGCCAAAAGCCACACCACUUCAGUAAGCUGUGAACGUACUGUAUUAGCACUGGCUGGAGCUGGUGCCAACCAUUUUGUUGGAAAAGCUGCACGCACUUGCUGUUGCAAUGCAGGAGUUGGGAGAAUGAAGAGGACUUAUUUUUGUAGAUAUUGUGCACAGUGAAAAGACUGUGGAGUGUGUUAUACUAAAAAGCUAACGUGACUUAUUCCUCAUAGAACUGGUAUCAGUGAUUUUAGACUUCCAAGAUUAUAAUCAAUAUUAAUCAAUUGCAUAUAAUGGAUAAAAAAUUCAUCUUGACUUUUGUACCCUUGGUCUACGGGUUCUUGUGCAGUUACUUGAAGACUCCAGCAAUAACACAAUUAAAUGUUGUUUAUUUUAAUGUUACGGUGGUGAUAUUAUGGUAAAACCUAGAUUUGCUAAUGCCUUGAAUUCCUUGUCAAUUGCUUGCAAGCUUUUCACUUCUCACAGUGACUCCAUUUAAGAAGAAAGAAGCACCAUUAACAGCCUUGGCUUCCAAAAUGCUUCAUAGUAAUUUCACUACAUUUGAAGUCAAAUCACUGUUGCAGAAUGGGAAUAAUGCAGCAGUGUUGAUGCAGUGCUGAGGAAACCUGUAGAUUGAAAUAUAAACUGGUGUGGAUGCUCGGAGGUAUUGUCGUUCCCAUGUGAACUUUUAAAGGAUUGACAGAGCCUCUGGUUAACUCUCAUCGGAAAGGUGGUCCACUCUUCUGGGCAUAUCAACCAAGAUUAUAUGCAGACGUCUGGGUGGUACCUGAUGUCAUUUCAUUGGUGUGAAACCAAACAAUAGAAGGGCCUGCAUGUAUUUUUAAAGCCAUGUUAAUCUCACCAAUGCUGAGAUAUAAUUGACUUGAGUAAAUAAGAAUUAAAAGUAGGAGCAAGUCUCUCAGCCCCUCCAGUUUGCCCCACCAUUAAGAGCAUUGUUGAUCAUUUUGGUCCCGGAUUGCCCCCAUAAUCUUAUAUUGGUCUUAGAGCUAAUAUACUCUUUGCAUCCACAGAGUAUGCAGGAGGAAUAAACCAGUAAACGUUCCCAGUUAAAACAAGUUUCCACCUGCUGUUUGAAGCUUUUGAAUGAGAAUAGAAUAGGGUUCUUUGUGAUGCCCUUUGCAGUAAGAGGCACAUCAUUGAGGCUUGCACAAGAAUAGUCCCUUGAGUUGGGUACUGCAUGGAUGCCACCUCCCGAAAGAAUCAAUGGCCUGAGGAAACCAGCAGAGGGAUUUAUUAAAUCACCAACUUUGAUGUUACAUUCCCAUGAUGAAACCCAACAAGUUUGCUGGUAACCGCGCAGUACACAUUCCAGUGGUUUUAUUUGGUAAUUUAGCAGUCUUUAGCCCCGAGUAAUUCCCAUGAAAUCUGAUUUUAACUUCUAGAUGGUAGCUGUAGAGAUCUCAAGCUGCAGGCGGUAUCAAGCAUAUGAUAAGGUGUAUUGGUGCACUGUUCUCCCCACCCCAUACAAGAUCUAGCACGCAGUCCAUCUUGUGCACCUCAUGUCCUCUACUGUCCUUUCUUCACUUGGUCAGUUAACCCUAACUGCAUAUCUGUGACCAUGUAGCACUCUGACCAUUGACAUUCUAGACAAUCAGGCUCCAAUCAUUUGUCAUUUGAAUCCAUAACCUGCUGUUCGCGUGCACUAUUUUCAGUUUGCAAAGAGCUUUUGAAAGGACUCGCAGCAAUGCUUUCGGACAAGAAUUCUCAUUAAGCAAUCUAUCCUGUCAUUGCCUUUCAAUGAUGGAGAAAGUCAAAGAGCCACUCAGCUCAUCAUGUUAGGACCUAUCUGGUUAUUGCAUUGCAAUAUGGUGCUGAAGAAAUACUGUGCUACUGGUUAGCACUGGAAGUGAUACAGGAUUCUCGGGCAAAAGAUCCUGAGAGAUCAUAUGCUUAGAUCAAACGGCAGCAAAUUGUGAAAGUCAAUAAAUCUGGCAAUGUUUCCAAUGACAUUAAGGUUGAAUUUAGAAUAUUUAAGGGUAGGUUAUCACUAACUGCCCUAGUUGAACAUGUCUGCAAUUGCUUGGAAUUGACUAGAAAGAAAGCAAUUUUUCAAAAACAUAAAAAA